AUGUUGGACUACCUGUCCCUCGCUUUCGUGGUUGCGGUUAAAGUUUUUAAGAAAACUACCCCAAAUGGAAAAGUUACGGUUUACCUUGGCAAGCGUGACUUCAUUGAUCAUAUAGAUUACUGCGAUCCCGUUGAUGGAGUGGUUGUGGUUGACACCGAAUACCUGAAAGGAAGAAAAGUUUACAGCCAGCUCGUGACGACCUACCGCUAUGGUCGUGAGGAGGAUGAGGUCAUGGGAGUGAAGUUUUCUAAGGAAAUGGUAAUUGGGCAAGAUCAAGUUGUGCCCAUGGUGAACUCCAAAAUGGAAUUGACACCGGUUCAGGAAAAGCUGUUGAAGAAACUUGGACCGAAUGCAUUCCCAUUCACCUUUAACUUCCCUGAGAUGGCGCCUAGCUCGGUGACUCUUCAACCAGCUGAAGAAGAUCAGGGAAAACCAAUGGGAGUUGAAUAUUGCGUCAGAACCUACGUUGCUGAAAAUGAGGAUCAGAAGAGUCACAAGAGGAGCUCUGUGACUCUUGCCAUCAAGAAGUUGCAACACGCACCUACUUCCCGUGGUCGCCGUCUUCCGAGCUCCCUGGUGAGCAAAGGAUUCACCUUCAGUAACGGAAAGAUCAAUCUCGAAGUUACUUUGGACAGGGAGAUCUACUACCACGGCGAGAAAAUCGCUGCUAAUGUCAUCGUUUCUAACAACUCAAGGAAGUCUGUGCGCAACAUUCGCUGCAUGGUUGUUCAGCAUGUGGAGAUUACAAUGAUCAACUCUCAGUUCAGCCGCCAUGUUGCAUCUUUGGAGAGCCGUGAAGGAUGCCCAGUUACACCUGGAGCAAGUUUGUCGAAAACAUUCUAUCUUGUGCCUUUGGCCCGCAGCAAUAAGGACAUCCGAGGUGUGGCUUUGGAUGGCCAUCUGAAGGAGGAUGAUGUAAACCUGGCCAGCUCUACUCUGGUCUCUGAGGGGAAAUGCCCGGCUGAUGCCAUUGGUAUUGUGGUAUCCUAUUCCGUCCGCGUCAAGCUGAACUGUGGAACACUUGGUGGAGAACUUGUGACUGAUGUUCCAUUCAAACUUCUCCACCCUGCUGAAGGGACCAUUGAACGCCAGCGUUUCAAUGCCAUGAAGAAAAUGCAAUCCAUUGAAAGACACCGUUAUGAAAACUCGCUUUACACUAACGAGGAGGAAGAUAACAUCGUGUUUGAAGACUUUGCUCGUCUCAGGAUGAACGAGCCUGAAUAAAUUAUAUGAAAUAAUUAAAAAAUCCAAAAAAAUUAAAAACUUAUCAUAAAAAUA